GUCGUCUGUCUCCGGAUUACUCCAUCGUCACGCAUUUCGGCUUUCUUUACGCGUUUGGAAGAGUAAUCUGGAGCUGUGAGGCUGCGUGGGCAGCUCACUUAGCAGCAAGCGGUACAGCACGCAAGUCUCAAGUGCGAUGGCAGACACGCCAAUGUCUCCGCUCGGGGGCAGCUCGAAUGACGAUCUUCUCGCAGCACUGGACGAAAUGCUGGCCUUCACACCCGAGACCUCUUCCUCGCUGGCUCAGCUCCCGUUGGAUGCAAACUUCGUGGCGGACGCGUUCGAGCUGCCAGAAGUGCCGAAUCCGUACGAGUCGGUGGAGAUCAAGACGGAGACUGCUACAGCCCCCGCACCAGCUCAGCCGCAGGAACAGCCUGGACCAAGAGGGAAAGACGCGCGUGCGACGCCGUACCCGAAGGCGAAGCCGCGUCGUCGCAAACGCCCGAAAGAUGAGCUCGAUUAUCUACGCGCAAAGGUGGCGGAUCUGGAGGAGGAACUGACGAAUCUGAACCAAUCGGCAGGACGGAUGUCUCCUGUCAGCGAUGACGACGAGGAGAUGUUCGCUCGCUGGAAACAAGUCGCCGAGCGACAGAAAGAGGAGGCCAACAAGACUGUGGUUGAGAACCUCAAGCUGCGCGCCAUGCUGAAGGGCCAAUUAGAAGUCGCGCGCCGUCUCGAAGCGGCUAUAGCUCAGCAUCAGCAGGAGGCGGCAGAACAGGCUUUCCCGUGGAAUCCGAUCAAGACGGAGUUUAACGUUGAUUCAGAAGCAGACACAAACAGUAGACGCCCCCGCGCGCCAAGUAUCUCGGACGAACUGCUGUUUGCAGAGCUUAAUGGAGCUCUCGAGGCGCAGUACGCACAGGUUGACGCGCUACUGGGAGCGGCUGGAAUUUCUGAUGUCAACCGCGAACUUUUGAGCAAAAUUCAGCUCAAACAGGACGCCAGUGGUAUCUCGUUCGCACACAAGGAAGUCCGUUUGCUGCCCUUCUCAAUCCACGCCGUGGCUCGCGUCUUCUGGUCUUUCCUGCUUUAUGAGAGCAAAAGAAUGCCAGGUAAUAUCCAGACUCGUGUCAUAAACAACGACCACCUGAACGCCACGAUCGUCGACACUUUACAGCUCCCAAAGUCCCGCCACACUGAGGUCCGUACGCGGAUCGCAGUGCGCCGAUACUACGAGCCCAACCGCGUGGUGUUUGUUUGGAGUAACUGCAUGGAGAUCGCAGGCUCCGUGUUCGUACGUCUACGUGAAAAAGGAGUCCACACUGUAACGAACUUCGACUUCCUCGGUGGUGGCAGUGGCGUCUCCCCUCCAGGCUGCAUCAUGCGCGCUGUGAUCGACGUCAGGCCCGAGACCGUGGAAUUUCGCACUGGAGCGGAUACUCAAGGACACAUUGGAGAAAUGACUGACCUCGUGCUCGGUACGUACCACCGCAACUUCGGAUUGAUCAACCAAGUGAUGGAGAACCUCCUGCUCAACGACCUCAUGGGAACCUCAGAGUCAUCUAGGCAGGCUGAUUAGUGCCGUAACGUCAUACAUUAUGCCACCACAAUAUUCCUCAAAUUAACCAAUCAUCAUUCAUUAUCACAGUCCACCAACCAA